UACUAGAUAAUCUGAAUAGGAGCCGCUCUGCUUUCUUCCUUGUUCUACCCACUUUUGUGUUCCUGUUGUGGUUUGAAGUGGCUAUUUUUUACUCCGAGGUUUCGAGUGCAUAGAAGCGCAUAAGGUACAUGCAGAUGACAUGGUUAUCUGAAUGGUUAUAAAUUAUAAUUAAUGCUAAUUUAGCUUCAAAAAGUCUUAACUGCUGGCUUACCAUGCCUGGAUGUUACAUUUACGUCUGGCUGUUUCUGUUUGAUGUAUUUGCAAAAGAAAAUCUUGAAGUGAUGACGGGCUUAUAUAGUCGCGUUGAACUCACUGGAAUGUUGCUUCAUCAGAAAGAGACUGUUUCCUCAGUUUUAUGGGCCAAACUAAAACUUAAUAAAAGUCAGAUAUGUAUUCAAUAUCUAAACAAUGGAACUGGCACCAAAUGCUACAGUGAUUGCUGUAGAGAGGCUAGUUACUAUUUUAACAAUAACACCUUCAUUCUGAAGAACAUGACAGCACAGGAUGAAGGAGUCUUCAUGGAAACUAUAAUUAGAAGAAAUGGAACAAUACAAUCCCGAAACUAUACAUUAAUUAUUCAAUACCCACCAAAUGCAACAGAAAUUGUGGUCUCACAUACCUCCAACACAUCUGUGACUCUCAAAUGUGAAGUGAGCGGGUCAUUUCUGCAGCUGAUGUGGUGGAGAGAAAGAGUCCCCAUUCUAGAGAAACACAGACACUCAUUCAGCGAGAUGAACCAAACUCUACACAUCAGCAACAUAACCAGCUCAGAUUACGGCACGUACAGCUGUAGUGCUUCAAAUGCAUAUGGAGAAUCAGAACAGCACAUAGAUAUUACCGGUGAGAACUCACCAGUUAACCAAGGAAAUGGUUCUAGUGGUAAAAUUACGUCUGGUCAGAUUCUGCUAUCAAGUGGAUUAACACUCAUGGGUGUUUUGGGAUUGUGCAUCAUGUUCUACGGCCUUUACAAAUACCAUCACAGGCAAAGAGUUGAAAAUGGCAGAACUGAUGAAGGGGAUGCAGAUAAUGGCAUUGGAAUUUAUCAGGAAGUACCUGACACUGUAGAAUUUACCCCUUUGCCGUACGUCUACACGGACUUCAUUAAGCCGAAAGAGCCCAACCAGGCCUCUGCUGCAGCGCAACACUUUGACUUUGGUUACUCCGAGGUUGGACCCACGUGCAGUGCGGACACAGUUGCUCAGUAUUGUGAUGAAGAACAGACCACAGCGUGUCCUGAGGCGGAAGAUGAAUGACACAUCUAAUAUAAGAGACUAAAAACCACGUUGGAGUUCAAACAGCGAAUACGAACACACUUUCAUAUUCAUGAAUCUGUUGCUGCGCAAAUUACAAGAGCGACAAUCAGGCCGAGCAGAAAAUACAUGUUUUAUCCUGAUCAACCACCAGAUGGCAGCAAAAACAGAUCAAAACAAAGCAGUUCGACCAUGGACAACCAUAAUUGUUUCUGAUCCUCACAAAGAGCAAGAAUGCGUCUCUGGAAUAAUCGUUUCAAUUACAUUAAAUAAGCAUCAUUCUGUAAAGAAAUAGAGGAAACAUGUUUCAUUUCUUGCACUUGUCACUGGUUAAUAGUAUAAACACACAAUAAAGACUUGAUGAAUACAUAAAAUGGCUUCAUUGAAAACUGUGCCUUUGCAAUAAUGUCAAGGAUACAGUAUUUGAAGUGACACACUAUGAGAGGUCGUAAGUUUCCAUCCUACCCAUUAGUGACUGUCAUACAUACUGAUUAGGUAAAUGACUUUGAGAGCUAUUGGGCUCACUUGCCUGUCU